ACAGCAGGUGGCAGUAAGGAGCCACGGAGGUUCGAAAUGUGGUUUUAAAAAACCCGCGAAGAAGAGCGUCAGCCGGAAACAUGGCGGAAACAGAGCAGCAGUCAGGAUCUGCUCCUGAGGAUGAAGCAGUCGAAGACACCGCUUGUGACGCCUACAUGAUACCCAAGAAAGAAAUCAGCAUGGUGCCUGACAUGGGGAAGUGGAAGAGAUCUCAGGCGUACGCUGACUACAUGGGCUUCAUUCUGACGCUGAACGAAGGUGUGAAGGGGAAGAAGCUCACGUGUGAAUAUAAAGUGUCAGAGACGAUAGAAAAGUUACUCGAGCUUUUGGAGACUCUGGAUCGAUGGAUAAACGAGACGCCUCCUGUGGACCAGCCGUCACGCUUUGGAAACAAGGCCUACAGAAGCUGGUACGCCAAGCUGGACCAGGAAGCAGACGCCUUGGUGGCAGCAAUCCUCCCCGCAGAGAAAUCUGCUGCAGCUCCGGAGAUCGCCGUCUACCUGAAGGAGUCUGUGGGGAACUCCACCAGGAUAGACUAUGGAACAGGUCAUGAAGCUGCUUUCGCUGCGUUCCUCUGCUGUCUCUGUAAGGUGGGAGCUCUCCGAAUAGACGAUCAGCUGGCUAUCGUUUUUAAAGUUUUUAACAGGUAUCUGUCAGUGAUGCGGAAGCUGCAGAGGACCUACAGGAUGGAACCUGCUGGAAGUCAAGGUGUGUGGGGACUGGACGACUUCCAGUUUCUGCCGUUUAUCUGGGGAAGCUCCCAGUUUGUAGAUCAUCCCACGGUGGAUCCUCGGCACUUUAUAGACGAGAGGGUGGUGAACGAGCAUCACCAGGACUACAUGUUCCUGGACUGCAUCAAGUUUAUCAAUGAGAUGAAGACGGGUCCGUUUGCCGAGCACUCCAACCAGCUGUGGAACAUCAGCGCUGUCCCGUCCUGGUCCAAAGUCAACCAGGGUCUGAUCAGAAUGUACAAGGCGGAGUGUUUGGAGAAGUUCCCCGUGAUCCAGCACUUCAAAUUCGGUAGCCUGCUCUCCAUCCAGCCAACGAAGCCUUGACACCCAUGACCCGCUCGCGAUGAUGAAAAGACCAAAAUCCCGACGACGGUUGGAACCAACAGUUUUCCCCUUCCUGCGACAUCCUCUCAUGCAAAUUCAACCGUAGCAGAAACCACCCACACGUAGUCCCUGACGCACACACACGCCCACAUGCACACACACAUGUGGUCUUCACAGCUUGUAGGUCCAUCCAUAACUUUAAUGCAGAGCAUGUCAUGGACGACCUUUGUGACCUUGGAGCAUCUCUAUAUUUUUGUCAGUAUAUUUAUAUAACGGAUAGAGUUUGAACCGGGCUCCUUUUUGAUGGAUGGACAGAUUAGAAGUGUGAUCAUUGAUGCUUGAAUUUACCUCAAAAGUUUGGAUCCUGAGCGGUUGAGUGAGGUGAUACAUGACUGUUUGACUUCUUUAAGAUCUUUUGCCAUAGUUUCUUCCUCUUAGUUUUUUUUGGUUUUUGCUUCCAACGCCAACUUUUGUUGUUGUAUUAACACCAGUAUUCAGAUGUUCCCCCUUCAGCCCAACGAACAGGAAGUGUUGGAUCUUUAAGGUUCGGUGAUGUACACUUUAUGUUUAUCCACCACACUUUCAUUAAAAGUCACAUUAACGACUUGUGUCCAAUGAGGAUGUUUGUUGAGCUGGCAGCGACCAACAUCUACGUUUCAGAGCACUUCUCAACAGCGCUCGUUGUUGCUAGGUUACGAAAGUGAAGUUAGUUUUAUUAGCUCUGUGUGCUUAACGUAUUCCUUAAUUCAAGGAAAUAUCAACCAAUGAAACAUGAAAACGAUGCAAAGGAAUCGUCAGCAGCAUCUAAAGCCCCGUUUCCACCAAGCGGUCCGGUUCAGUUUGGUAUAGUACCCAUUUAUUGGAGUUUCCACUGCCAAAAGUUGGGAAUGGUACCAAAAUAAGGGAUCUGUACCGUCCUACUUUUUUGGUACACUUCUGUUGGGGUGCCAAGUGUACCAAUCAGACCCUAAAGAGUUUGUCCUGUUCUUCUUCAUUGAACUAAAUUAAUAGCGGGCUACACUGUGUUGGUCUGCUAUGAUGUCACACUAUUAAAUAGCUGACGUGGCUAUAUCCAUCUGGCUUACACUCCGCUUACCAAACAAGGGUACGGUUGACUGUGGAAACGCAAGCAAGACCAGGGUUUACCGUACUGAACUGUACUGAUCCAAACCGGACCGCUUGGUGGAAGAAAAAAGUUCCCUUGAAAAGACGAGUCACAUAAGUUUCCCCUCCAGCAUUGUUGGUGACAAAGCUGAUAUCAGAAGUCCCGCCCCAAAUUGAUUUUGAUUGGUUGAUGAGGAGGAAGUGACAUUGAGGAGUGCGGCGCUAUUCCAAAAGGUGAAUAAGAUUAAGAUUUACUUUACUGAUCCCCACAAGGGGAAAUUCUGUUUUUACACUCUGUUUAUCAUGCAGCACACACAUGCACAAACAGGAUCCUGUGGACAUGCACUAAUGGAGAGAUGGGGCUGCCCACGGCAGGUGCUCCUGAGCUGGUGGUGGGGAGGGGGUUUGGUGCCGUGCUCAGGAGGUGAUCUGGCACCUCUCCAGCUACCAGACCAACUUCCAUAUUGGAUCCGCACCGGGACCUGAACCGGCGAUCCUCCGGCUCCCAACCCAAGUCCCUACAGACUGAGCUACUGAUCGCUUAAAACGCUGCCAGCGCAAAAAAACAUCCUUCAUGAACACGGGCCCUAAAAUCAACAAUCUCUGCUUGAAAUCUCUCUCAGAAGAUUUGGUUUCCCCCUCAGUCAGUCCAUGACAAUAUUCUACACCCACAUCAGGUUAGGUUACAUUUGAAUCGGCUUGUUACGGUGAAUAUCAUAAAACCAAUCGACCACACUUGCAGCUCUUGAAAAACUGUCGCUCCGGUUUGAGAGUGUUAAAUUCUGCUUCUGUUUCAGUCGGCAUGUUUUAAACAUCACGGCAUGUUGUGUUUUUUUUAUUUUUUUUAUUUGAUUGAUUGAAGAAAUGCUAUUUUUGUGUUUUUAUGUUGACCUGUCAAACCUGAUUUAAUAAAUUUUCCCGUUUUCA